GAAAUUUUGAUUCGUUCCAAAAUAAUUCAAAAAAUGACAACAUUCGAUUCGAAUCAGAUGGAUGAAAACGAUCCGGAAAACGAACAAGAUGAAAUUUUCCAAGAAACCGAUCACUUAACAUUAUCCCAAAACCCAAAACUACCAAAUUUACCAAAAAUCGCUAUUUUUAAAAGCAAUCAUCUUAGUCAAAACAUCGGAUUACCCAAUUUUCACCAUCACUUGAAUCAAAAAAACCAUCAAAAAAGGAAAUUCAGCAUCCCAAGUGCUUUACACUCAAAUCUACAUCAUUUGAAAGUUGAAGAACCUCCCGGGUUCAAUACAAAACGUCGGUUUAGUAACGUGAGCGAUGUUGUUUCUCGGAAAUUAUCAACGACAAUCAUCGGAUCGUGGAGAACACCAUCGAUACCGCCGGAAGAAAUCAUCGGGCAAGGUCGCGUUCUUUGCGGACAAUACAUCAGGAAUCGUUUGAAACGUUCGGGAAUUUUCAGUAAAAAAUUAGGAUUGUAUCGAAUUAGAAGCAUGGUUGGUACAUCGAGUGCUGGAAUUGUUCGCGAAGUUUUUCCCGCGCUGGUUUUUGCCGGAUUAGAACUCGAAAGUAUGCAUCCAAAAUUGUUUUCGAACGUGUCAAGACAAGCAAGUGCUACACCUGGUGGUGUUUUGAUUUCCGACAAAGCAGCCGGUACUUUAUUAACGGCGAUUGCUCACGAUCUUUUUAAAAAUGGUGAUAUAACGUGGGGAAAAAUCGUGGCAAUUUUUGCAGUUUCUGGAGGUUUAGCGGUCGAUUGUGUUUGCCAAGGUCAUCCAGAGUAUUUGCACGCCUUAAUGGAUGCUAUGGAAGAGGUCCUCGAGGAUUGUUUAGCUGAUUGGAUAGCCGCUAAUGGAGGAUGGGUUGCACUGAGUAACCAAUGCAGAACUGAAGACGAAGACUUUUCCAUUUUCGAAGGUACAACUAUCGUAUUAAAAGGAAUGGGUAGUUUAUUAGUCGCUUACCUUAUCAUACAAUUUUGUUGGAAAAUUGUUUUCUUUUGGCCUGAAAAAGAAUCUUUAAAUCGCAACGAAUUAUAAAUUAGAAUAAAAAAAAUGUAAAUCAGAAAUCGCAUAUAACGAAUAUAUUAACUUUAUGUUUUAAAUAUUUUAAUUAAAUUUAAUGACGAUAAAAAAAUAGUUAUAAACGAUUUCUGCUAUUAUCUAUUAAUAUUUAUAGCAAUAUAUGUACAGAUUAAUAAAGACAAUAAUUUUCUUUUGUAGGAAAAAAAUAAGGAAUAUAGAAUAAAGAUUUUUUCUUUAAUUUUCAAA